CUCCUAUGUCAUCAAUGUAAGAACUUAAACUUAUUCUUAUUAACCCUAUUGAUCAAAUUUACGUGUCAGCACGUGUAAGCGACAUAUGGAGAAGGAUUUGCCAUACUUCUACUUUCCUUUUUGAAAUAUGACACAGUGAGAAUCUUAACAUUUCUUCUUUUUCCCCAAACCAUAACUUAUCCUGUAAGUAUUCUCUGCAUAAGCUGUUUUCUUGGUCAAAUUUGCUCCAACAACUCAUUUUGAUGCAAGCCUCGGAGAAAUUAUAAGAGAACAUAAAUGCUAUCAGUUAUCAAAGAAUUCUUCCAUGUCGAGGUUGUGCUAGCUGCUCAAAUUAAAAUCAAAGAGACAAGUUGUACUUUAUCUUCUACAAAACCUAAUAUCGAUGAUGAAAAAUGACAGAUAAUAUCAUGAAUUCAAGUGGAAACAAUUUUCAGACGAAGCAAGAAUCCGGUGAAACCAAUAAAUUGAGCUCAAGGACUACUCCAUCAAGUUCAAGGCAGUGGGGAGGCUUUAAAAACCCAAGAAUAGUACGUGUAUCGCGUACUUUGGGAGGGAAAGAUAGGCACAGUAAGGUGUGCACAAUAAGGGGGCUUAGAGACAGGAGAAUUAGACUUUCAGUGCCAACUGCAAUUCAAUUGUAUGAGCUCCAAGAUAGGCUUGGGCUCAGCCAACCUAGCAAAGUUGUAGAUUGGUUACUCGAAGCAACUAAACAUGACAUUGAUAAGCUUCCACCACUUCCAGUACCUCCAGAAUACUUCACUCGGUUCCAACAACCGCCUCAGGAAUCGGUUCAUGAUCUCCAACAACUUCGUUCUCACUUGUUCAACGCGAAUUCACACUAUUUGAAAGAUAAAAUAGGUGAUGAUCGUCAUUUUGGUGAAGCUAGUUUGAGAGAGAAAACCAUGGCAAUUGAUACAGAAUCAGGCACAUCUGGGAAAAACAAGUCAAUUGCUUCAAAUGAGGAACCAAAUAUCGGAGGGCAAAGCUUCUUUCCAUUAGGCAAUCGAUCUUCUAAUUUACCAGGCAUGCCCUAUAAUCCGUUCUGUCAUUGGGAGCCUAACUCGAAUUUGUCUUUAGCUAAUUUUGGACACAAUUCGUUUUCAUCCCUAAUAGAAGAAUCUCAAAAUGGUUUUCCUCUAUCGUUGGCAUCGACCUCGCCUUUUCCUUCAGGUUCUCAGUUAUAUUUCAAUCCAACAGCUUCAACAUUCCAACCUAUUGUUUCUCCUUAUAUGACUAAUUAUCCGGUUGAGAGUGAUUCGAGGGUGCAGCUGAACCAUUUCAAUUUCUUCAGCUCAAAUUCACAACAGGUCCUUCCAAAUCCACUUGUGAUGCCAACUCUUAACUUGAAACCGUUCAGUCUUAAUGAUGCUCCCGGGUGGACUACUUCAAGAGAUGAUGAUGAUGAUGAUGAUAAUCAACCACAUGCAUGAAGGCGGCGAUAAUUAGUUCUUGAAUUAUUAGAUCGAUCAGAAGAAAUUGUAGUAUCUAGUGAGGUGCGUUGAGGCCAAGUCAAAGAUGUUGGCAAAUCCGUGGAGGAGGAGCACUCCCAAAUCACUCGAAUUCUCUUGAAGACAAGUGAAGGAAAUGAUUCUUCUUUACUUCAGAUAUUUUGAAUUAGCCUUGUCCUGGAUUGACAUGAUCAAACACAAUCAUGCUACAUUCUUCACAGGUACAACAAAUUAAAUACAGUAAGAGAUCCUAUUUCUAGUACUAUAUACGUUUAUAAAGUUCUACCUCUUUACUGAAAUACACAAUAUUAAUAAUCAAAGACAGUAAGUUUCUAUUUGUAGUUUUUCUUGUGGUUCGAAGUGGUAUAAAUUCUACAUUCUGGGUUUUGGCUUCUUUUAUCAUUAGAAUUGGAUUAACCAUUUAUACAAAUUGAACGUGUCUUUAGCAUCAGUGUUUUCAUUUUGCUUAAAAUAAGCAGUUGUCAUACUGAUCAAGCCCUUUCUAAGUGCCACCGCCAUUUGUUUAGCCAAUAAAAGAAUUUUAAAAGAUAAUCAAAAUAUUCAAGCUCAAUUUUGUUUAAGUAAAAUUGAUACAAAAGAUACGGAACAUAUCGUAUUUACAGUGGCGUAACUAAAUAGGGGAAGGGCAAAUAGAGUGUGGAAGGGCUAUAGAGUAAAGGUAUAGGUAAAUUGUUGAAUCCCCUUGGCAUGAAAAAAGAUUCUAGUGUAGUUGCAAAGGAGGUACAAAAGUUGCUUCAUAAGUUCAUAGGUUUCAAAUCACAGCUUUAACAUCCUACAAUUUUUCUUAAUACUUUAUAUAAAUUUCUUGCUCCGCCACUGCGUAUUUAGCUGCGCACUAAUUAUAGAUCUUAUUUUUCAUCUUCUUUAUUGUAACUAGUAGAGAGCGAAAAACUUCUCACAUAUCCAAUUUCUCUCAUAUCCAAUUAGGUUUAGACGAAGUUUAUUGUAAAUUUCCAGUAUGUUGUUCUUUCAGCAAACAAUUAGAAAUACUUCUAAGAUGUCUCAAAGUUUUGCUCUUGUAAGUAUGAAUUUUAUUAUUAAUGGUUCCUGGAUUGCGCGAAAGUUGUUACAUCUUGUACAUGAAUUUAUAUCCCUUUUCCAAAUUGUACACGGUAGACUAAUACCACAAGGUCUAAAAUGAAGUUGAACCGUUGUUUUA